GUGAGUGAUCUGUGUGUGUUAGAAAAAUUAGUGAUAUUCGUGAAAUACUCAAUGAAGAUGGAGCUGAACCACCUCACCCCGGAAGAAAUAGACUUCGAGCUUCUUGUUCGGAAAACGACAGGUACGAGAGGAAAAAACCUGGAAUGGAAGACAUCGCAACUACAGCAACUUUUGGAGAGUGAAUUCAACGGAUCGCCGGUGCCAAACUGUUCGUCCCACGUACUAACGGAUAUGGACAGCAUAUAUCAAUGCCAAACGAAAUUGGCACCAAUUUUGCAGGCUUUAGAAGGAGCCUUCAGACAAAGGAAUAACAACCAAGUGAAUGUGUUAAAAUCAAGAUUGUUGCACUACCAAUUUCGACUCUCCCUCAUAUCGGAUCCGAUGAUCUUAAUGAAUGCCAAAAAGACAUUGGAAAAAGUAGGAAUCGCUCUGCGGAAGAUCGAGAAAUACAAUCAGGAACAAGCUUCAGGAACGCAGGAACAGGGACAAGCGGAGAACCUUCCAAGUGAUCCAGAGACGCUGAAACGGCUGAAGAUAACGAAACUGCAGUCAAGCAUCAAGGAAACAUCAAAUCAUCAACUUCUGUUAGAAAAGCAGCUCCAAGAAGAACUACAGAGUAAUCAAAUGUCUCAACAGCAGACUUUAAAUCAGGAUCCGGUACUUUUCGACGAGCCUCAACAACAACAACAACAACAACAACAGCAUCAAAAUUCCAUAAGGGAACAGCAACAUCAAUUUCUGCAACAGCUACCGCAGCAGUUUUCUGUUCAACCAUCACAGCCACAUCCUCAUCUUCAACAGCAAGAACAACAAAACAGGGGUUUCUAUCAGGAGCAAAGCCUUCGCUUACUGCUGAACCAGAUGCAGAUACAGCAGCAACAGUUAGAACAACAGCUUCAACAGGAACAAUACAGACGACAGCAGUUGGAAAUGCAGUUACAGAAUCUACAAUCAAGAGUGACAGCACCUCCACAACGGGAAAAUGAUGCUCCGAAUUACACAUUUGGGGCAAUUUCCGGAUACUGGGGUCCGUAUAAUCAAAGAGACUCUGGAAUAGCUGAACAGCCCCAAGAAUUUCAGCAACGAAACUUUCGAGAAACGCCUGAUAGAUCCUAUACACCGAGAUUCAAUACUCAACAGACAAAUAGUUAUAGGUUUCUGCAGCCGGUUCAUAAAUGGCCAUUCGAGUAUUCAGGAGAAGGUAACAUCGUAAAACUAGGUGAAUUCCUAAAUCAAGUGAACACCUACGCUGUCACCGAAGGUAUGGACGACCAAACAUUGCUCCGUUCAAUUAAACACCUACUGAAAGGAAGAGCACUUCAAUGGUACACCCGGUCGUACCUCAACCUCACAUCAUGGGACAUCUUCAAAGCGGAAAUAAAACAAGAGUUCUUACCCCCGAAUUACUCGGAGAUUGUAAAGCAGGAUCUAUACUUGAGAUUCCAAGGUCCGAAUGAACCAUUCACAGCAUUCUACAGAGACCUGGUAGCGGCAUUCGAGAUUGUAGAACCAACGAUAUCGGAGUCAGAAAAGCUAUUUAUCUUGAAAUCACAUCUCAACACGGACUUUUCUCCAAUUGCCUCGGCGUCUCGAUCAGCUAGUAUUCGUGACCUUGUUGCAGUAUGCAAAGAUUUCGAAGUUUCUCGUUCUUACGCACUAAGGGGUCGCGCUCCAACAAUCUCACGAGCCCUAGGAUCCCGACAUGACACUCCAGUACUUCAUCGGUCGACGAAUAGCAGAUUUGACAACAACGGGCGGCCUCCCCUCAGCCGUCAACCAUACGGUUCAGCAGUAGUCAGCAUAAUGGAACAUAGUCAAGAUUUCGAAGAAGAAUUGGAUCCAGUGAACAUCCGAGAAAGAGAAGCACUUCAACAGGACAUUGCUUACCGGAACGAAAAUGCAUCGAAUAUAACAGAAGAGGUGAGCGCCAUUCGAGGACAGAACAACUGGAGUGGAAGAUCAGCUCUAGAUACGGCAACGAACCAAUUAAGUGGGAAUUCCAUACGGGAGGCUCCGAUCAUAACAGUAUGCUGGCAAUGUGAAAAUCCUGGGCACACAUAUUUAAGAUGUCCCAAUCCGAAACGCUUCUUGUUCUGCUACAGCUGUGGGAAGAAAGGAUGCACAACGCGAAAUUGUGAGGCCUGUAUCUUACGCUGGAAGCAAUUAGAAGCACAAAACGCACCUUCAAUUUCGGGAAACCGGAAUUGGGAGAACCCACAGUAAAGCAGGUGGAUUCUCCCGAAAGAUCAA